AUGUUUAUGCAGCGGGGAUCGCGCGUGCUGCGCAGGCAGCUCCAGGCCACCAAGGUCGUGGGCAGGGCCGCGAUGACCAAGGCCAGCGGCUCUGGGGUCAAGGUCAACGUGGGCGGUUGCAUGGCCGCUGCCGCGCCGAGGUGGUUCUCCGAGUCGAGGCGGCUGUGCGCCGUCAAGCCGGUGCUCCUGGCUGACAUUGGCAUCGUCGAGUGCGAAGUCAUCCAGUGGUUCGUCGAGCCCGGGGCGCGCGUCGAGGAAUUCUCCCCGCUGUGCGAGGUGCAGAGCGACAAGGCCUCGGUCGAGAUCACCAGCCGCUUCGCCGGCACGGUCAAGAAGCUCUACUACGACGCCGGCGAGAUGGCCAAGGUCGGCAAGCCCUUUGUCGACAUUGACAUUGAGGGCGACGACGCGGCGGCAGCGCCUCCGCCGGAGCAGGUACAAGCACAGGAGCAGCAGCAGCAGCAGCCCCCGCCCCCGCCGCCUACAUCGUCGCAACAACAACAGCAGCAGCCUCAAGCAAGCAGUCCAGCUCCGCCGCCGCCGCAGACCAAUGGCAACGGCGCCAAGCCCAAGGGCAAGAUGGCGACGCUGGCGACGCCCGCGGUCCGACACCUGUCCAAGGAGCUCAACGUCGACAUUGCCGACAUUGACGGCACCGGCAAGGACGGGCGCGUCCUCAAGGAGGAUAUCUACAAGUAUGUCCAGGGCGGAGGACAGCAAGCACCACAGCCGGGCCAGGCCGCGCCUCCGGCUGCCGGCGUGGCCGACACGUCGGUGCAGACGGAGACGCGGGAGCCGCUCUCGCAGGUGCAGCAGAUGAUGUUCAAGUCGAUGACGCGGUCCCUCAACAUCCCCCACUUCCUCUACGCCGACGAGAUCGACAUGUCGGACCUCGUGUCCCUCCGGGCGCGCCUCAACAAGGUGCUCGCGUCCAGCCCCGUUGCCGACGGCAGCCCGGCCAAGCUCUCGUACCUCCCCUUCAUCAUCAAGGCCGUCUCGCUGGCGCUGUACCAGUUCCCCAUCCUCAACGCGCGCGUCGAGGUGGACCCGGAGACGGGCAAGCCGUCGCUCAUCAAGCGCUCGCAGCACAACAUCGGCGUGGCCAUGGACGCGCCGCAGGGCCUCGUCGUACCGGUCAUUAAGAACGUCGGCAGCCUCAACAUCGUGUCCAUCGCGGCCGAGCUCGUGCGGCUGCAGGGCCUCGCGCACGCCGGCAAGCUGACGCCGGCCGACAUGUCGGGCGGCACCAUCACCGUGUCCAACAUCGGCAACAUCGGCGGCACGUAUCUCAGCCCCGUCAUUGUCGAGCGCGAGGUGGCCAUCCUCGGCAUCGGGCGCAUGCGCGCCGUGCCGGCCUUUGACGAGCACGACAAUGUGGUCAAGAAGCACGUCUGCAACUUUAGCUGGAGCGCCGACCACCGCGUCGUCGACGGCGCCACCAUGGCCCGCGCCGCCGAGGUGGUGCGCCGGGUCGUCGAGGAGCCCGACGUCAUGGUCAUGCAGCUGAGGUAG